AUGGCGACCAGUGAGAGGCGAUCAAAUCUCAGGUUGCUCACGACGUCAUUGAUUCUGGACCAAGGCGACACACGCACGACUCGCCAUGGAGAUUGUCUCAGACUGUGUAGUUACAACGUGAGAACAGUUUCCACAGACGCUGACCUGCAUGCCCUUCUCGGAGCUGCAGAGCGUAUCAAAUUUCACGUGAUUGCUCUGCAGGAGACCAAGUGCAGAAGGAGCGACGUACGACAGAUGAAUGACGGUACACUCGUCAUUCGUGGAGAGAAGGUUCCGUCGCGAAAUGUAGGCGGUGUUGGUUUUGUUGUGCACCCAUCUGUCGUCCAUCUCGUCGAUUCUCACGAGAUCCUGUCACCUCGUCUGGCCAUUCUUCGCCUCCGCCCUCUGCGCCAAAAAUCCAUCAGUAUCAUCAACUGCUAUUCACCAACAUCAGCAGCUGAUGAUUCCGAAUUGGACGCGUUUUACGAGGAGCUGGAGGAAGUAAUCCGCAACGAGAGGUCCUUUUACAAAUUCGUUGUCGGAGACUUCAACGCAAAACUAGGAAAGGCCACAGAAGAGGAAUAG